AGCUUUACUGGGAACAAGAGUGCGAGGUGUGACAAAAUGGCUGCCCCCGGCAAGAGGUGAACUUUACACGAAAGUCCUUCCUAAUUUUGGAGACAUUUUUCCCUUUUCUACCCAUUCAUGGCGAGAUAAACUCUUGUGUAAGUCAUAGGAGGUUGUUUUCGGAAUCAACAUUGCUAGCCUGUCUUCUGGCUUUCUGAGCAUAGAGGAAGCUUUUUGGAUUCAUCCCUGGCAUGGAAAAGUACAGGCAAGAGGCCUUAUUGUCAUCACAGAGACAUUACAGACUUUUACAUCUUACCUAUCUGCACAAAAGCAGUGAAAGUCACAGAUGAGAAAUUCUGUGUGUUUGAGUACAAGUGAUGUCAUCCCAUAAUUUGUCAUUAUUGACAUCAUCAUCUUAAACAAAGUUAUUGUCAAAAUCUACUUUAAGGAAAAAUUGUCUUCUUCUUGUUUCAAAACACAAAUACUUCUAAAUUCUAUUUUUGGCCAAUAUACAUUGUAACAAAGACAAGUUCAGCAUUGAGAUUCCACCAUUGACCAAUCAAGAAGUUAACAUCAACACAGACAGGAUUUAUUUUCAACCAAUUACUGUCAAGUUGCUAUGGAAACCAUGUCUGCCGAUCCAACCAAUCAGAUCCGCAUCAUCGAGUGGGAUGACAUGGACAAGCGGAAGUUUUACUCAUUUGGUUUGUUCCUUUCGAUGACAAUCCGCGUGACGGUUUAUCCGACCACCCUCAUCAAGACGAGACUUCAGAUCCAGCGAGGCACUUCUCUGUAUAACGGUACUUUUGAUGCUUUUCUUAAGAUAACAAGACAGGAAGGCAUCAGAGGUCUCUAUAAAGGCUUUCUAGUGAAUAGCAUAUACUUGAUAUCUGGACAGAUGUAUAUCACAACAUACGAGGUCAGUAGACAGCAACUGUCCGGAUACAGUAACUGGAUCAAGUCCCUUGUUGGUGGUGGAAUGGCAUCGCUCGUCGGGCAAGGCAUAUCUGUACCGAUAGAUGUUGUUUCACAGCAUUUGAUGCUGCAGGGACAGGGAAAGGACAGAAGAAAAAAGCUGCCCAAAGAACGACUGACAUUUGGAAAAGCACAGGCAGUGGUUGUAGAACUGUUCCGACGCGACGGAGUGGCGGGUUUCUAUCGUGGAUUCUUUGCUUCCAUGCUUACAACCAUUCCAAACAGUGCGCUGUGGUGGCCAUUCUACCAUUUCUAUGCUGAACAACUGGCAUCUGUUGCUCCGUCGUACCUUCCCCAUCUCAUGCUGCAGGCUGUUGCGGGGCCGCUGGCGGCCGCAACCGCAAAUACUCUCACCAACCCCAUGGACAUCGUCAGGGCCAGGUUACAGGUUGAAGGAGGCAAGUCCAUAGUAAAGAAGUUCAAACAGCUGUAUGUGGAAGAAGGACUCUGGGGCUUCUCCAAGGGCCUGUCCGCACGCAUCAUCGGCUCCAUGCCAACCACGUUCGUAAUCGUUGUUGGUUACGAAACACUGAAGAAACUGAGCCUUAGGUCUGACCUAGUCCACACAAGGCAGUGGUAGAAUUGCUACAGGUUAAUUAGUGCAUACCUAUUGAUCUUUUUUUGCAAGGCCUCAGGGGUGGAGACAAUGAUUUUGCAAAGAUGUAACAACUACGUAUGGUUGAGAUUCUCUAUGUAAGCCAUAUAUCCAGGCAAUAUGAUAUGGAAGCAUUUUUAGCUGGCAUAGAUCUUCUGCAUUUUUGUAUAAGAAUGUUCAUGUGUUCAACUGUGCAUGUGUAGUGGUGUAUUGUGGAUAAUAUGCCAAAGUUGAAGGCCACUAAUGUAUAAACACAACACAUCUGGACAUGUAUCAAGCAUGAUCUAGACAACAACUGAUUAAGAGUUAGGGGCCUACACCUUUGACCUCACAGAGGUGCAGAUCAAAUGGAACUGGCUUAUACGAGCGAUCGCUGUUGUUGUUUAUAUUCGGGGUAUUGGACGGUUGUUGCCUACCAGGACGUCAGUAGAUUGGAUCAAAAACUGAUAGUCAAAUUAUCGGCUCAAAUUACUGGUUAAUAUGUAAAUCAUUCUUUUGCCAAACACCUGCUUGUUGCCUACCACUGCGUCACUGUGACAUCAUCGCGAUUGCUCGUAUUGGGGCUACCCCAACACGUCACCGGAACGUACUGCGCCUGCGCGAAAAGUAUAGACAUGCUAAACCUUGCUAAACCCCCGGUUUACUAAAGGGCCGCAUUUA